AUGAGUCAUUACCUUAUGCAUAUUUCUCUUUUAACAGGCCUUACCUCACAGCCGUACACCUUAUUCAAGCUGCCAUGCUCUGCAGCUUUUUUUAGCAACUCAGGUGGAACGUAUUCGUGAGGCAGCUCCUGGAAUACUUCCUGGGAACCUUGAGAUACAUUUCCAGAUCCAGUGAAUACAAAUGUUAAUGGUCCAAUGGAUUUGGGCAUUAAACCUAGUGCAAUCUCGUAGCCUGCAUCUCUAACUGCUUGUCGAGCCAUGCUGGAGUUCCUACAAUUAAAAUUCGCAUUAUAUGGUUGCUGUUAUCCCUUUAAAAGCCAAGUCUUUUGGAAGAAAAGUUCGUAUCAAUCCAUUUGGUUUCAAGAAUUCAAUUCAUGGCAUGACUGUACUGUCGGCGACUGUCAUGGUCGCUAGGCUGUAGUUCUUGGGUUAACUGAAUUUUGUAUGGCCGCAAAUAAAGUGGUGUCGAUGGAAGAAUUAUCGCAGCUUUAGAAAUAAAUACUACAGCUAUCGAAAUUUACAAGCACAACUUUCCAGAGGCUAAUCUACUAAAUGCCAACAUAGAAGGUUUAACAGCAGAGUUUGUGAAUAAGUUGAAUGUUAACACAAUUUUGAUGUCUCCUCCAUGCCAGCCCUUUACAAGAAAUGGUUUGCAAAAUGAUGUAAAUGACAAACGAACUGCCUCCUUUCUACAUGUUUUAAGUUUGUUAAAGGACCUUGAUAUCAGAAAUAUUCUGAUAGAGAAUGUCAAAGGAUUUGAGACAUCUACAAUGAGAAACAUACUUGUUGAUACUUUAAAUGAGAAUGGUUACACAUUCCAGGAGUUCUUGUUAACACCACAACAAUUUGGCAUUCCCAAUUCAAGGCUUCGGUAUUAUUGUCUGGCAAAGAAGUUGCCAGAACAGUUUAGUUUUAAAAUAACUGAUAUGAAACAUUCUUUGCCAGUUGAGAUUGGAGCAGCAGAUUGCUUUCCAAUAUCGACCAUUCUCGAUGAUGAUGUAAAUGAAAAAUUUUACUUGUCGGACUCUAUUUUGCAAAAGUAUUGUAACAUCAUUGACAUAUGCUACAAGCAUUCAAAGAGGUCAUGUUGUUUCACUAAAGCUUAUGGCAGAUUCAUAGAGGGUACAGGAAGUAUUUUUACUGAUAGGACUGAGGAGGAGGUGGAAAAAGUAUAUCUAGAGGCAAACCAGCUCACGGAUACUGCAGUUAAGGGCCAGUUAUUGAAAAACUUAGGCUUAAGAUUCUUUACACCUAAAGAGGUGUGUAGACUUAUGAGUUUUCCUGAUACUUACACUUUUCCUACUUCUGUUAGUGAUAAGAAGAAGUAUAUGGUAUUAGGUAAUAGUAUUAAUGUAAAAGUUGUAUCAGAAUUAAUCAAAUUAUUGUAUAGUUAGCAAACAUUUUUACCUAUUUACAGUUGUGAAUAUAAUAAUAAGAUCUUUCGUCUGUUAUUUUUUACAAAUACCUUCCAGUAGGUUCCAUAUAUGCCUUUAUGCC